GUGAAGUCCAAUUUUUUUUACUUGCUUGCUUUUCUUCAUUCUUCACCUUCUUACAACAAAGCUUCUCCAAGCCAAUUAAACUCAUGGAUAUUGCAGGAACCCCUAGAGCAGCAACAACAGGAGGAGGGCAGAAUGACCCGACACUAUAUUACAAAGCCGUCGGGUCCAUCAUUGUCUAUUUUGCAACGGUCAUUUCUGCAUUAGUCGUCUGCAUUGUCCGCACUCGAUUCUCGUUUCAGAAUGCUCUCUACAUUCUCAUUGCCAUCAGCUCAUUGUUCACCACUUGGUACUACAUCAUUUCAUUCUUCAAAGUUGAAUACAUUAAGCUCGGCAGUGAUCUCGACCGUUUUAUUCGAAUCAGAUCUAUUUGUCCAGGCCUAUGCCCUUGUUACCAGUUCUCUACCCAAAUGGUGGUGGAGCAGCCAAUUAUUGAUUCUCACUGGCACUGCCCUAACCUGUUGGUCUGUUGAAGGUCAGACAUUACGUCGCGAAAUCGCGUUUGCAAAUCAAGAAGCAAAGCAGAAAAACCCUCGUGCUAAACCCAAGCCAUGGACCCCAACUUGGUGGUUUGUUCUCUUGGGCUUCUUCGGCAGCAUGUCCGUUGGCGGACCCCUAUUCUUGGCACAACUCGAUUCCACCCCCAAGAAGCGUCCUCAAGCUCGUACAGUCCCUACAUUCUUGGCUUUGUUGAUCCUCCUGGGUGAAGCUAGUGUCAUUGCUACACCUUUCUUGGCAACCAUGUCCAAAGGAUUCAUUUACAAUUUAGUCUUGACCCACGCCCUCUUCUUGAUCCCAUCAUUUCUCGUCUUCAACCCGGACUCUCAACGUCGAUUCUCAACUUUCAGUUUACCUCUGUUGUAUUUUAUUUUGGCUUUAAUUGCGUUGGCUAGCCAUACGACGUAUACCCUUCCGUUCGUGCUCUCACCCAUCAUGAAGCCCAUUAUCUUGUACACAACUCUUUGGUCCAACCAUUGUCAGACGUCUAUCAGCGCCGAUUUGAUCUUCAAUAAUGUUUUGGCAGCUGCGUACAUCCUUCGGUCAAGCUGGCAGCUGAAGAAGCCUCAUGUGGGAGUUCUCUUGACUUUGGCUAUGCCCGUCUUAUCUGUCAGUACAGUCUUUCCACUUUAUCUUGGAUGGAAGGAGCGGCAAUUAGUCACCAAAGAUAAGAAGAAGGCAUAAGAAACAAGACCCAAGAAGAAAUGUAGUAGAGUGUGGUAUAUGUUUUUAGAUUAUUUAGUGAAAAACAUGUAUUACCAGAUUAUCUCGGUUGAAAUAAAG